CCGAUCGGCCUUGUACCAAGGAACAAAUGGCGGUUCUUUCCUUUUCAGCUCGAGUGACAAUGACGGUCGAAUUCCUAUUGGGCACGCCUGUACCGUCUGCGCAAUUCCCUGAUCCGACGGCUGGGCAAGAAUGGGCCAACUGCAAGGACGACGAAGCCCUUAAGUACCUUGCAUCCUCGAAACUUGCUCAAUACCUCUCACUUCGCUUUGCCAGAAUUAGCACUUCCAGAAAUACUUGAUCCAAUCGCACACGAUGCAUCGCUUCAUCCUUCCAGUUCUCGUACCACUCGCUUCGGCUGCUGUGCAUACUGUACAAGUCGGGCAGUCAGGGCUUGACUUCGUCCCUCGAACUAUAAGCGCGGUUGAAGGCGACACUGUCAUCUUCGAGCUCUUUAGUGCCCACGAUGUAGUGGAGGGUGACUUCGACAGUCCUUGCCAGACUGAUGAUGAUGACUUCUACAGCGGUCCGUACUCGGAUACCGACAACGGGGCCAGGAAGUUUGUAGUCAAUGUCACCAGCAAUGAUCCCAUAUACUACUACUGCAGCGUACAGAGGCAUUGCCAGUCCGGAAUGGUUGGCGGAAUCAAUAUCCCUAACUCGGGCAGCGAGACUAUCGAUGCAUACAGUCAGGCAGCAGCCAAUGUCCAGCAGGCAGAGACGCCUAACCAGCUUCGAGGAGGCCAGUUGUUGGAUGACGCACAACUUGCAAGCUUGACAAGUUCAUCCUCGGCAUCGGCGUCGGCAUCAGCUUCUGCUUCGUCUGCAUCUUCAGGGGCUUCUGCUAGUGCCACAAGUACCUCUAGCGGUAGUGGUUCAGCAUCGCAGUCGGCUUCGGCUUCGGCUGCGACAGCCACCGGUGGCGCAGCACCAGUUUCCUCGGGCCAGGUUAGUGGAGUAGCAGCGAUUGUUUUGGGUGUCGCGGCGUGGUUCAUUUGAUUACCCUCAACGGGCCACAUACAGAUACUAUGCAAGGGGUGUGAGUGGGUGCGAUGCGUGUGUCGAGUGAGGACUCGGUUCGGAGGGCGCGACCGCUAGGUAGCUUUGUGCAAUGUCCAAUCAACGUACAGUAAUUUCUCGGGUUUCCGACGCAUCCACGCGAAUUCUGCCGUGACGAAGAUGACACUAGUACCCAAUUGAUGAAGCUCCAGCCAAAUGGAG